AAUCAUCAAUUGCACACUGUUUGCUUCUCAUCAUUGGCAGGGUGCCCCUACAAAUAACGAAGACGGUAGAGCCCGCAACAUCUUUGGAAUGAUACAAUCAUCGUCUGUGUAUGCAUUCCCUGAUAUAUGGAUCCAAGCGUAGCGCUGCCCUCGACUAUCACAUCUUAAAAACCUGCAAUGAGCCACUUGGCUCAGCUGCAGGAUGUCUCUAGAAGGCAGGAAACCAUGGCUAGCAUUGCUACAUCUGUGCCUGGUCUUGCAGUCUGGCGUGUGGCUCGCCGAAGCAUUCAGAUGCAGUACACUGUGCUCCCCAUCGCUGACACCGCUACAUAAUGAGCUCGCGCGACUUACACUCCGGCAUGACUUGAAGAGCUGCUGGUAUUGGAGAGGCGGAAAAUGCUGCCUGAGAAUCUUCCUUCACCUCUUCCUUGCACUAGCGCAGUUCUGGUCGUACUUCAAUAAUAACUUUCUGUUCUCACAAUGCUGCCUUUCCCUGCAACACAGCUCAAACACCCUACCCGUCGCUACUGGUUCAACUCAACCGCAAGCAACGGCAACUUGCUAUUUCUGUUACCAUGUGCUGCAACGGACAGCAAGCGUAUCAAGUAAGUGCUACGUUGCACCACCUCCCGCGAUCGUCGUCAGAGGUUCCUCCAUACUCCGACGCAAACUCUCGUUCCACAAGCUGCGCAAUGCAACCAACCAUCAAAUUGGUGGUUUGUCCUGUCCGCUACUGCGGGCGCUUGGUUAGCGCUGCCUUGCCACUUCCUGCACGCUCUUCACAUUACUUCGAUACAAGGACGUACUGCUCCCAGCGGUGCGUUGAGCUACAUUCUUGUGGUGGAGAACGCGUACCUCCUGGACCUCUCAUCACCUGCGAUGUUUGCGCAGACGACAAGCCUCUGAACGACUACAUCUAUACGAUCAAGGAGCCUGGAGCUGACACUGUACAAUGGAACAUUCCCAUCCCUCCUGGCUGCCUUCUACAUAUCGCUCCAGAGCUUCGGAACUUUUAGCGAGGUGUAUGCACAGAU